CUUUUCCAGCCGAAAUUGCCCAUAGAUAUUACACACACCACCUUCACUGUAAAGCUGCCAUCAAAGUUCACUUCCACUAGUCCCAUAAAUGGACUCCCUCGUAAAAAUCUGGGUAAAAUCGCCGCAUUCUAGCGCGUGUAAAGCGUCGGUAGUCAAGCUUGUCUUCUUUCCUCGGCCGGCUGUUACAUUAGAGGCCAAUGGAAUAAACAAUGCUUAUUUAUCACUACCCAACACUAUGGCUUUUUUGUGUUUCAUCAGAGUCUUGUACUCUAUAUAUUAAAGAAAGACCCACAAGGCAAACUAGGGUUUGGGUUUUGGUUUUGGUUUGCGAAUGGGAAUGGGAAUGAUUGCUGUUUGGGUUUCAGCUUUGCUAUGUGGUGUUUCUGUGCUUUGUUCUUGUGGGAUUGUAAAUGGGUAUGUUCAAUACAAUACUGGAAGUGGCAUUGUUGGAGGAAAAUUGAAUGUCCAUUUGGUUCCCCAUUCGCACGAUGAUGUGGGUUGGUUGAAGACGGUUGAUCAGUAUUAUGUUGGAUCAAAUAACAGUAUUCAGGGUGCAUGUGUUGAGAAUGUGCUGGACUCGGUUGUUAUGUCAUUGGGCCGUGACCCGAAUAAGAAAUUUGUGUUUGCUGAAAUGUUCUUAGUUCUGGAUUUUGGUUCUUUCCCUUAUGUGAAGUUUCAAAUUAUGAUGUAUGACUUCCCUUUGCAACUGAAGAGUAGUACGCAGACAUCUAUACUUUUGAUGGCAUUUUUUCAACGUUGGUGGCAAACACAAAAUCUAGAGAUACAAGAAGAAGUGAGAAAACUUGUAGAUGGCGGUCAAUUGGAAUUCAUAAACGGUGGCUGGUGUAUGCACGAUGAAGCAACUUGUCAUUACAUAGAUAUGAUUGACCAAACGACCCUGGGACAUCGCUCAAUAAAGAACCAGUUCAACAAAACUCCUCGUGCUGGAUGGCAGAUCGAUCCAUUUGGGCACUCUGCAGUGCAAGCUUAUCUACUUGGGGCUGAGCUCGGCUUCGACUCUGUACAUUUUGCACGCAUUGAUUAUCAGGAUAGGGCAAAGCGCAAGAAAGAUAAAUCUCUCGAAGUUGUCUGGCAGGGUUCCAAAACUUUUGGUUCGUCAUCUCAGGCAAAUGUGACGCUGACAAAUCAUAUUAUGUGGACAAUGGGUGAUGACUUCCAGUACCAAUAUGCUGAGUCUUGGUUUAAACAAAUGGAUAAAUUAAUUCAUUAUGUUAACAAGGCAAGCAAAUGUUAUGCUGACUCAUUAUGGUUCUCAGAUCAUGGAGUAAGCUUUCCAUGGAAAGCUACUUAUCCUUUGGAGGAUAUAACUUCCCUAACUGCAGUAACUCGGUUUAAUGAGUACCUUGAGCAGGUUAAACCUUAUAGAGGAGAGGGUCUGAAUUCUGAUGGUGGAAAGGAUGGACGAGUGAAUGCAUUGUAUUCUACACCAUCUAUCUACACAGAUGCAAAACAUGCCGAAAAUGAAUCCUGGCUGCUGAAAAUUGAUGACUAUUUCCCAUAUGCAGACAGUGCAAAUGCAUAUUGGACCGGUUUCUUUACUAGUCGCCCAGCCUUGAAGCGAUAUGUGCGUAUGCUCAGUGGAUAUUAUUUGGCAACACGCCAACUUGAAUUCCUUGUUGGAAGAAGAUCUACUGGUCCCAACACUUUUAGUUUAGCAGACGCCUUAGGAAUUGCACAGCACCAUGAUGCUGUCACUGGUACAGCUAAACAGCAUACAACAAAUGACUACGCAAAACGCUUGGCGAUUGGAGCGUCCGAGGCAGAAGGUAUUGCAAGUUCAGCUUUGUCAUGCCUGGUUAACUCAACAAAAAGUGACCAAUGUCCGACAUCCACAUCGACAUUUAGCCAGUGUCAAUUAUUGAAUAUAAGUUUCUGCCCACCAACUGAGGAAGACAUUCCUGAAGGAAAGAGUUUGGUGGUUGUGGCUUACAAUCCUCUUGGAUGGAACCGUACUGAUAUCAUUAAGAUUCCU